AUGGUGAAGAGAUUCAAGGUGUGGACAUACAGGGAAGGAGAGCAACCCUUGGUACAUGCAGGACCAUUCAAAGACAUCUAUGCCAUAGGACAGUUCAUGGCCUCCCACCCUGAUGAAGCCCAUGCGUUCUUCAUCCCCAUCAGUGUCGCUAACAUUGUUGACUUCGUUUACAUGCCCAUCACCAACUAUUCUCGUGAUCAGCUCCAAAAUGUGGUCAAUGACUACAUAGGCGUUGUGGCUAACAACGUUGUGGCUAACAAGUAUCCGUACUGGAACAGGAGCAAUGGAGCUGACCAUUUCAUGGAUUCAUGUCAUGAUUGGGGGCCAGAUGUUUCAAGUGGCAACCCUCAAUUCUUCAAGAACUUCAUAAGAGUACUUUGCAAUGCCAACACCUCUGAAAGCUUCCAGCCUGGAAGAGAUGUACCAAUGCCUCAGUUCUAUGGACCUGCCCAUAGGCUUGCCUCACCAAAUUAUGGCCAGCCCCCAAACAACCGUCCGAUCCUCGCCUUCUUCGCUGGUGGGGCCCACGGCGAGAUACGAGAAAUGUUAUUGGAUCAUUGGAAAGGCAAGGACAAUGAAGUCAUUGUACAUGAGUACCUUCCCAAGGGACAAAACUACACCAAGUUAAUGGGUCAAAGCGAGUUUUGCUUGUGCCCUAGUGGUUUUGAAGUGGCAAGUGCUAGGGUUGUUGAGGCAAUUUAUGCCGGUUGGAUACCGGUAAUUAUUUCAAAUAAUUAUGUGUUACCAUUAAGUGAUGUCUUUGAUUGGAGUCAAUUUUUAGUAAGUGUUUCGGUGGAUAAGAUACCCGAAAUUACGAGCAUUUUGCAAACAAUUCCUGAUUGGAAGUACUUAAAAAUGCAAAAGAGAGUGAGGGGAUUGCCACGGCAUUUUCUACUGAACCGACCGUUGCGGCCUUUCGAUGUAAUUCACAUGAUACUUCACUUCAGUGUGGCUGAGGAGGCUUAA